AUGAUGGACAACCAAAUUCCAGAUCUUCAAUCCACUUCACUCGAAACAAUCCCCUCACGUAUCUCUACCACCCGCAAAUCAUUCCUGGAGCACAAGACCCGCAACAUUGAGUUUCGUCUCAUUCAGCUCCGCAAGCUUUACUGGGCCAUAAAAGAUCAUGAAAUUGAAAUAAUCCAGGCCUGCGCUAAGGACUUGAACAAGCCGCGCUUCGAGACUGAGUUCGCCGAAAUUGACUGGCUGCUGAACGACAUCGUCUUCACUACCCGCAAUCUACAUGAGUGGGCCAGAGAUGAGAAAGCCCCUGAUAUCGAUCUUCAGUUCAAGUUGAUGAGGCCCAAGAUUCGGAAGGAUCCUCUCGGCUGCGUGUUGGUGAUCGGCACUUUUAAUUUCCCCUUUCAGCUGACCUUAGGCCCCGUCAUUGGUGCAAUUGCGGCUGGGAAUACUGUGGUAAUUAAGCCAUCUGAAAACGCUCCUGCUAGCGCUGUCAUUAUACAGAAGAUUUGCGAGACGUCUCUGGACGCUUCUUGCUAUUCCGUUGUCCAGGGCAGUAUACCUGAGACCCAGGCUCUCUUGGCUGAGCGCUGGGACAAAAUUUUCUUUACAGGUGGUGCUAAUGUUGGUCGCAUUAUCGCUAAGGCAGCAGCGCCUCAUUUAACCCCUGUGGUUCUGGAGCUAGGCGUUGCGCGUCGUAUGCUCUGGGGAAAGACCGUGAACGCCGGCCAACUUUGCACCUCACAGAAUUACCUCCUUAUCGAGAAAACACUCGUGCCUCGAGUGGUUGAGGAGUUCAAGAAGGCUUAUAAGGCCUUCUAUCCUAAUGGCGCUAAAAAAUCUCCAGACUACUCGCGCAUUAUCAACAAAGGCCAUUUCCAACGUCUCAAGUCUAUGCUUGACAAUAGCAAAGGCAAGAUUCUGCUUGGGGGUGCGUUAGACGAGGAAGAGCUCUUUAUUGAGCCUACAGUUAUCCAGGUGUAUUCUGUCGAAGAUUCCCUUUGCGCAGAGGAGAGCUUCGGGCCUUUUAUUCCGAUCCUAUCUGUCGAGAACCUAGACGAGGCUAUUAGCCUCGCCAAUAUGGUGCAGAGUACACCACUUGGUCUCUACCCCUUUGGCUCUAGGGCCGAUGUUGCGAAAAUUAUUUCCUCCACUCGAUCGGGGGGCGUCUCCUGCAAUGAUGCUGCCUUACAUAUACCUACUCUACCCUUUGGUGGUGUCGGCGAAAGCGGCCACGGCGCUUACCGUGGCCGUGCUAGUUUCGAUGUCUGGGUGCACCGACGGCCUAUAACAAGCAGUCCUGGCUGGCUCGAGUCUAUACUUGCUAUUCGCUACCCACCAUAUGCUGGUAAACUAAGCAAAGUCAAGGCUUCCAACAACCUAGUCCCAGACUUUGACCGCAGCGGCCAAAAGCUGAAGCUCGGUUGGCUACGCUAUAUUUUAACUUUGGGUGGUGGGAGCGGGAAGUCUGGUGCCGGGCGUGCCCUUAUUGUUGCUGCGAGUAAGUAG